AUUAAAUUUGCAAGGUGUGUGUGAGUGAAAAAAUGUUAAAUUAUGAAUAAAAUGAAGAAAAAUUGAAUGAAAAUUAAUAAAUAAAAUAAACAAAUAGUAAAAAAUUACUAUAACAAUAUAAUGGAAAGUAAACAUAAAUAAAAAUAUUACUUUCAAAGUGAGAAAAUAAAUAAAAUUUUGUUGUUGAAAGUGGUUGGUUGGUGACCAGAAAAAAAAAUAUUAAAUGCUGGAUGAUUAUCAGCGAGAGAUUUAUGGUGUUUGGAAUAUACUUACAUAGUAAAUGAUUUUAUUAAAUAAUAAAAUAAAAACGUGUUGUUGGCUAAAGAUAAGAAAGACUUAUGUGUGGUGACGUUUUUUUUAACAAGUGACGAAAAGUUUUUUUAUGUUUUGAGAAGUUGGAGUAACAUUUUUAUAAAAUUGGCAAAAGACAACACAUCAAACUGGAGUUAGUCAUCAGCCUAAGAAAACGACGCCUUCCUUACCCCCCCAUUUACCAGUUAGACUGAUCACUUAAUACCAUUACUUGGAAGUUGGCAGCUAUGUCUCUUAUUAGCACUGAUUUACCUUUAAGAGAUUUUGACGGAGAGUCCGAUGAUACCGAUUCAGAGACUGAAUUACUCAUACGACAUCAUAAUGGUGGUGGUAGUGGGGCUGAUGGCUUUCAGCACCUAACAAACACACAAUUACAAAAACAACAACAGCAGCAACGUUCUCGCCUUGGCAGCUAUAGCAGCUAUUCACAACACAAUAACACUCAUCAAGCACCAAGUUUUCUCAGUCAACUAUUCGGUGUUGUCGGCGGCACAACAAAAUACUCUACCUCGUCGUCGUCAUUGUCUAAUAUAAAUUACAAAUCGAAACAAACACCACCAACAACAUCAUCACUUUUACGUAGUGCUACCGCCUCCUCGUUAGCGCGUGACGGUCAGAUACGUUUUAGAAAUGAACGUAGUCGUGAACGUUUUGCCACAAAUCAAACAACAACCGGUAUUACAACGUCCAACAUAACGGCCUCGCAAUCGCAACAAAAUAAUGCGGCACAAGCCGCUAAAUAUGCCCGUUCCAACACCACCAAAUCGUAUAAUCUAAAUUCAAACGUAUCCGUUGAUUCGUCGGGUGUCGGAGGAAAUUCGUCCGCGUCGGGUUCAUUUCAUUAUAGUGAUUCGUUACAAAUGUCUAAUAUGGAUAAACAACCACCAAAUAUAACCACAACUACCUCCCCGAAUGGGGUAAUGCAAACGGUCAUAGAUCCCGAGAAUGGUUCAACGACAGUGUUCUAUCAGAAAAAUCGUCGAAAAAGUAAAAAACGUUCCCUUGGCAAUUUGUGUAAAAUGUGUUUUUGUGGUUGUUGGCGCAAAUGGUUUUCGGCUCGUGAGCUACGCGCUCGUACCGUUCAUUUGGGACGUGCCACAACCGAAAAAUUCCCACCGAACGAGAUACGCAAUCAAAAGUACAAUUUCAUAACGUUCCUGCCUUUGGUCCUUUUCGAACAGUUUCGUUUCUUUUUGAAUUUAUAUUUUCUCUUAAUGGCUCUGUCACAAUUUAUACCCGAUAUACGUAUUGGUUAUCCCUAUACCUAUUGGGGCCCAUUGGGUUUUGUUCUCACCGUCACUAUAUGUCGUGAGGCCAUCGAUGAUUAUCGUCGUCAUCAGCGUGAUCGUGAGGUGAAUUCACAAAAAUAUAAACGUCUUAUAGUAUCGGAAUCGAGAGGUUAUGAAAUGGUACCGUCUUCGAAAAUAAAAGUUGGUGAUAUUAUUAUUGUGGAGAAAAAUGAACGUGUACCGGCUGAUUUGAUUUUGAUAAGGACAAGUGAUAAGAGUGGUUCGGUUUUUGUGCGUACCGAUCAAUUGGAUGGUGAAACUGAUUGGAAACUCCGUUUAGCUGUGCCCUCAACUCAAAAACUCAACAAGGAUUCCGACUUAUUUAACAUUGAUGCCAGUGUUUAUAUAGAAAAGCCACAAAAUGAUAUACACUCGUUUAUAGGCACUUUCUCGAUGACCGAUGGCAGUGAAGAGACAGGUUUAAAUGUUGAAAAUACUUUGUGGGCCAAUACUGUAGUGGCUGCUGGUACUGCCACUGGCAUUGUUAUCUAUACCGGCUGUGAAACACGCAGUGUUAUGAAUAAUUCACAACCCAGAUCCAAAGUGGGUCUAUUAGAUAUGGAAAUUAAUGGUUUAACUAAAGUUCUUUUCUGUGCCGUCUUGGGUUUAUCUUUGGUUAUGAUGAUGUUAAAAGGUUUCAGUGGUCCCUGGUAUCGCUACAUGUUCCGUUUUGUUUUAUUGUUUUCUUAUAUUAUACCCAUUAGUUUGAGAGUAAAUUUAGAUAUGGGCAAGGCAUUCUAUUCCUGGCAAAUGCAAAAUGAUCCUGAAAUACAAGGCACAGUGGUGCGUUCUACUACUAUACCCGAAGAACUGGGCAGGAUAUCAUAUGUUUUAACCGACAAAACAGGAACUUUAACACAAAAUGAAAUGGUGUUUAAAAAGGUACAUUUGGGCAUUGUUUCACAUGACAAUGAUACCUUUCAUCAUGUUACCGAAAUAAUAAGCUCAUUGGCACCAACUAUAUUGGGAAAAGCUAAUAACACAGACGCUACAUCAAAAACCAGUCUCUACGGCAAUCGUAUGCGUAGGCCAGAGGGUUGGCGUGAGUGGGAGGCAGUUAAGGCUUUAGCUUUAUGCCAUAAUGUUACCCCAGUAACCGAUGAAGAUGACAACCGUUCGGUAUCGACUUCAUCAACCUUUACCUCUUCGGCUGGUGGCUCUAAUUCACCCACAAAAUCUGUGAUAAAUAUGGAUGUGGCAUCAGCAAAUGAACAUCAAUAUCAAGCCUCUUCUCCCGAUGAAAUAGCUCUCGUCAAAUGGACCGAACAAGUGGGUUUGACUCUAAUAGCUCGUGACAUCAGCUCCAUGACUUUGCAGUUGCGUGAUCAUCGUCAUGAUGAUAAUUUACUGCAUUUUCAAAUACUUAAACUGUUCCCUUUCACCAGUGAAAGCAAACGUAUGGGUAUUAUUGUUAAAGAUUCACAGACGGGCGAAAUUGUUUUCUAUUUGAAAGGUGCCGAUGUGGUUAUGUCUUCUAUAGUGCAAUAUAAUGAUUGGUUAACAGAAGAAUCUGGUAAUAUGGCUCGUGAGGGCUUAAGAACUCUUGUGGUGGCGAAAAAAGUUUUAUCCGAAGAGCAGUAUAAUGAUUUCGAAACACGUUAUUCGGCGGCAAAUGCUUCACACUCGGAUAGACCGGCAAAAGUGGCUGCGGCAGUGGAGUCUUUGGAAAGAGAAAUGGAGCUGUUGUGUUUGACAGGCGUUGAAGAUCGUCUCCAAGACGGCGUACGACCCACACUUGAACUUCUACGCAAUGCCGGUGUACGUGUCUGGAUGUUAACGGGUGAUAAGUUGGAGACGGCUUGUUGUAUUGCAAAAUCUUCUCAACUAAUUGGUCGAAAUCAGGGCCUUCAUGUCUUAAGACCGGUAAAAACCCGUACCGAUGCUCAUUUGGAAUUAAAUCAAUUCCGCCGUAAACAAGGACAUGCUUUAGUUAUUUCCGGCGAGUCCCUAGAAGUGUGUCUACAAUAUUAUCGUUUGGAAUUCUUAGAAUUAGCCACCGCUUGCCCAGCUGUGGUCUGUUGUCGUUGCAGUCCCACACAGAAAGCUCAAGUUGUACAAUUGAUACAAAAACAUACGGGCAAACGAACCUGUGCCAUUGGUGAUGGUGGCAAUGAUGUCAGCAUGAUACAACAAGCUGAUGCUGGUGUGGGUAUAGAAGGACGUGAGGGUCGCCAAGCCUCAUUGGCGGGUGAUUUUAGUAUACCUCAAUUUUCUCACAUAGCCAAAUUAUUACUGGUUCAUGGCCGUCGAUCCUACAAACGUUCUGCUGCUCUCUCACAAUUUGUCAUACAUCGUGGUUUGAUCAUAACCACUUUACAGGCAGUUUUCUCUGCAGUUUUCUAUUUAAGUUCUGUGGCCUUAUAUCAAGGUUUCCUUAUGGUUGGCUAUUCGACACUUUACACUAUGUUCCCGGUAUUUUCUUUGGUUUUGGAUCAAGACAUUGACUCUUCUACGGCGGUUACGUAUCCUGAACUCUAUAAAGACUUGUCAAAGGGUCGCAGUUUAUCGUAUAAGACAUUCUUUAUAUGGGUCCUAAUCAGUAUCUAUCAAGGUGGUGUUAUAAUGUAUGGAGCUUUAAUACUUUUCGAAGAUGAAUUUAUACACAUCGUAGCGAUCAGUUUUACCGCGUUGAUUAUGACCGAAUUGAUAAUGGUCGCACUGACAGUGAGAACAUGGCAUAGACUAAUGGUGCUGGCCGAAUUAUUCAGUUUAGCUUUAUAUCUCAUUUCUUUGUUCGUUUUACAUGAGUAUUUUGAUUGGGAAUUUAUUUCAUCUACCGAUUUCCUGGGUAAAGUUUCCAUUAUAACUUUGGUAUCCUGUUUCCCUCUGUAUAUUAUUAAAUUUUUACGCAAAAAAUGUUCGCCGCCUUCGUAUUUAAAACUUUCAUAAAUCCAAAAAAUGUUCUAUUCUAUUAAGAUAUCUCUUUAUUUUUUUAUAAAAUUUUAUGAAAGUUUUUCUUUUUUUAUUUAUAAGUAAUUUUAAAUUAAUUUUUAGGUAUAGAUAUUAAUAUAAUGAACUAUAUAAUUAAAAAUACUUACAAUUUUUUGUUUCGUUUUUUGUUAAUGUUUUUUUUUUUUAUAUAUAAUUAUUAUUUAAUAUUUAAGUUAAUGAAACAAUUACACACACACCCACUCACAUGGAUAAAGAAAUGCAAUUUUAAAAUGAGUUUUUGUUUUUUGAGUAAGAAUAUUAUUUGUGAUU